AUUAGUUAAAAAUAUAAAAAUAAUCAAAAUUAUUCUAAAAUUUAUCAAUGUGUAUUACAGAUACACUAUAAAAAAAAUUAUAGCCAACUAUUAUUAGUUAUGUUUUGUAAAUUAUAGAUUUAUUUAUCAUGAUUUUACGAUACUCUAUUUUGUAUUAAUAUUCAAUGUCAGAUAAGGAAUCGGAUCCUCUAGAUGAUCUUAAUCGCAGAUAUCAAGAACUCAACAUUUCAGGCAAAUACUCUUUCAACUACGGCCUUCUUAGAAUUGUUGACGUCACUAUUCACUCAGUACGUCAGUCGUGGAUUCUUCUAAAGGAAUCUCUACCAUAUGAUCUCAGUUUCUACCUAGACGAGGGGAAAAAAUUCCCUGACUUCAAUCACAUGAAAAGAUAUGUGAAGUUCUCUUCAUUAGCCUUUGUUUCCGUUUAUUCGGCAGCUACCAUGAUUUGCGAGGUCUGUACCCCGGAUUUAUCGCCUUCAAGCUCUAAGCAUGGUUCUGGAAAAAGCAGUAAAUCUAAAAUCAAACCGGAUCCAUUCUCAGUUAUCAUUGUAGCAGUUUCAGUCUUGUCAAAUCACACCGGCAUUGGAUUAUCUGUUAGGCUCCUUGAGUACACAAUCAACAAGGUAAAGGACGCUAAACUUUCCAAGGUUUACGCUAUCGCAGAUGAGUACAAUAGUUCAACAAUCGACUUCUACACUAAGCAUGGUUUUCACCGGUCAUCGUCCACUUUUCCUGAUGUAGUUUCUAAUUUAAAAGUUAGCAGGCCUGACUCUAAUGUAUCUCCCUCCUUCAUCAUUAUGGAGUUACCACUUGCCACUCCAGAAACGAAAUAAAUUAAAAUAAUGAAGUACAGGAAUCUCUUGUAAUAAGCAUGUAAAAUAUUUAAGAGACUAAUUUAGUUACAAAAUC